UUCUGGUUCGUUCGAAAAAGUAGACAGUCAAAAUUUUAGUAAAGACAAAAAAACACCCAAAGAAUCUCAAAAACUGCAGAUCCCCUGAUCCUGCAACAUGCAACUUGGACAAUGGAAGGCGAGGGACCCCAAGAAGGAGGAUAAACCAGGGGAGAAACCGGGGAGUUCAAAAGAGAAACCAACGAAGCAUCUGCCCAAAGGUGACGAAAAAAAGAUGGAGCAGGAUCCAGGGACAGCGCGCAAUGAAAAGGCGGUCUACGAUGCCAAGGUAAAUCUCCUAUGCGGUGGUUUCUUUGCGAUGUUGGACUGCAGCCCCCAACCGGAGGAGGCAUUCCACCCCAACUCGCACGAAUGCUACAUCGCGAGGGAGUGGCUCAGAAAACUGACAUUUAUGAACUGCAACACAGUGUUCAAGGCGCGCAUACGCAAGGCGUACAUGAGUGCAUUGCUUGAGUGCUUCAAUCAGGGGCGCCUCUACGGGAUCUUGAAGCAGAUGCCCCCGGAAGAACUCAAUUGGAUGGACUUUCCGGACACCACGUAUCAUGCGUCGAGGCAGAAGUUUGAUACGUGUAGGGGCUUGCCACAGAACUGUUCUUUAGAGGACACAAUGGGUUUGGGUAGUCCUCAGUCUUCAAGCGAACAGUCACGGGAAGCGGUGGAUAGACAACAGCGUUUCAUGGAUGAAUCAGAAGAAUUUAUGAUAGAACAUCAGGUAUUUAGGACCGAAGAACCUCAGAGUUUCCAGCAACAGCCACGGAGAUACCAGGAACAGUCACGGACGGAAACCUUCUACGAUCCUACCACCUUUCCACCACCGCCCCAUGUGGGUCAACAACGUGAAAUUCGACACCUUCGGGGCGCCCCCUCGCUUCAUUGCGGAAAGGAAAGAUGGAAAAGAAUUCUCCCCAUCAGGUGCAGAAGGAGGAGGUGUGCCAGUUGAGGAUUUUGAUACUGCCAUCAU